UUCCCGCCAUAUGUCAAAACAAGACAUGUUGAGAGUGAAUGUUUACAUUUCAAAACAUUGAUCAAUCGGACUAUGUUAUUUAUUUAUAUGUAAAAAGAUGAUUUAUUUAGAUUUGGAGAAGACUUCAUUUUGAUGAAAGAGUUGAAAGAUAGGCCAAUUGUACAUUGUAAAUAGGUUGAAUAAUAUUUGAUUUAUGAAUACAUCAUCUGAUAGGAGAAAAUAUCAGCACCAUAAUAUAUUCUGAUGAAUUGGUAACUGAAAUGUUACACCUAUCAUUGGACCUACAUGUAACACAUACCUGAUCCAGAUGUACAGGAGAUUUAAACAUGGUAUAGAUGAAGUCGAGGAUGUUGUGCAAAGAAGUCUAUCAAACCUGUCUGUGGCUGACUUGCAGCCAUCUAAAUCACCAGAUAAGGUCGACCCGGAAGUAUUAAAGAAAGUAGAGGAAUGCUGGGAACAGAUUGGUUCCCAGUGUGUAGAAUAUGCACACCAGUCUAGACGCACCAAGAUUGUAGACGACGGGGAGUGGAAAACUGUCCGAAUCUUUGUGUCCUCUACAUUCACUGAUUUCUUCUGUGAGAGGGAAGUUCUCGUUAAAAAGGUGUUUCCUGAAUUACGGGAAUGGUGCCAUGAACGUUUGUUGUACGUCGUGGAUUGUGAUUUGCGAUGGGGAGUUCCAAAAGACACAACAACAGCAGAAACUAUUGCCAUCUGUCUGGAAGAACUGAAUAGAUGUAUAGAGGAGACCAAUGGAGAACCAUUCUUCCUUAAUAUGACUGGUGAAAGAUAUGGCUGGAUCCCAACAACAGAUGACUUGCCUGAUACAUUAAGACAAAAGUUCCAAUGGAUACCAGAUACAUCUAUAACAUUUAUGGAGGUUCUUCAUGGUGCUUACAGAAUGCAGAACCCAAAUGCAUUAUUUAUGAUGAGGGACAGUACUAUACUGGAUGAUAUACCUGAGGACCAGUUGUCCAGGUAUAAAGAUACAGAUGAGUUACAAGUUCAACAACUUAAACAAUUAAAGAUUUGGCUACAGUCAAGAUUUCCAGAGCAGGUGCUAGAUUACUCAUGCAAGGUGGAUGGAUUGAUUAGAUUACAUGAAAAAGAAAUGGUAAACAUUACUGGAUUAGAAGACUUUAGUGAGCAAGUUUUGAAGUUUUUCAAAGCUGCCAUUUCUAGAACAUUCCCUGACAGAACUGCUGUAAAAAUACAAGAUUCCAAGGUUCUAAUGGAAAAUGCCAGUCAGAAGAAACAUGUGGAAGAGCUGGCUGAUAAUAUGUUAGGACGUAAAAAUGAGGCAGAGCAGAUAUUUUGUUUCCUACAAGGACAAACUAGUCUCUUCAAAUCAGGAGAAACCAAGAAACCAUACUCAAGAGAUCCUGAAUACUGGCAAGAAUUUAUUGAAUUUGAAAACUCUCUACUGUGUCUUACUGGGCCAUCAGGUUAUGGGAAGACAACUCUGUUAGCAUAUGUCACACAACAAGCAAUAAAGAAUGGAAUGACAGUGUUUUACCAUUUCUGUGGCAGUAGUGGUAACUCCCAGCAUGUUUUACUCUUGUUACAAAGACUUGCUGCCUUCCUUAAACAAGACUAUUCUACAGAAUACCUGGAAACACUGUAUCAAUUGGAUGAAGGAAAACUACAAGAUAUUAUUAGAGACAGUUUUCUAACAUUGAAAGAUAAACCAUCUGAUAAGCCUAUAGUGAUAGUGUUUGAGGCGCUGAACCAGUUAUCAUCAGCAGACUAUCAUAAGCACAUGAGUUGGCUGCCCCCAAAGUUCCCUGCUAGUGUAUAUUGUAUAGUAAGUAGUACACAGCACCCGCCCACCAUCAGCCGUAUACAAGAGCAUCCACACUACAGCCUCAAACUAGAGGCAUUGAACAAAUCUGAUGCUAAAGACAUUAUACAACUUUUCCUACAGAGGUUUAACAAGAGAUUGGACAAUGAUCAGUUAUCAUUGAUCCUGGAUUCAAAGUGUUCCCAGAGUCCUUUAUGGUUGUAUCUGAUCUGUGAGGAAUUAAGAAUAUAUGGCGAUUACCGGUCAUUAACCAAGCACGUGCAAUCAGUGACCACUAGCAUAGAUGACAUGAUUGAAGCCAUUGUGAGAAGAUUGAUCAAAGAAGAUGACACAAAACAAAUGGAGAAAGCCAUGAGUCUACUAGCAUGUAGUAAUAGUGUUGUAACUGCACAAGAUCUACAGAAGAUGCUUGGUAACAUUGCAGACAAGAACCCACUGCCCCAGCUUAUGUUUGCUCAGAUAAAACGGGCUCUCUCACCAUACCUGAGAGUUGCUCAUUACAAUGAUCAGAUCACAUUUGUACACAUCAACAUUAAAAAUGUAAUAUUGGAUUGUUUGGUAAAGAAGCAAGCUUCAGGAAAACAAUGUCAUACUUUACUUGCUGACUAUAUAGAAUACUGGAGUGAUGAUAAAGAACUAAAAGUUGAGGCUUUACCAUACCACUUACAACAAGCUGUUCUUAGGAAAAGAUUGGUGCAUUUUAUAAGGGAAGUACCAGAGUCCUCACGUGUCCCACUGUUCAGACGGAGUGCAAUCAUGUCGGACUGUCGCUGCAGAAAUCUUGCUGACUCAGUUAUUCAAGGAGUUGUUCCAGCUUAUUUGUGUGUAUUUUGUCAACAUAAACGUGCAGUGUAUUUUCCUAAUGGUUACCACAUGAAUGAAAACAUGUGUGUGGUGUGUGGCAAUCAUACAUUCAAUCUACCGAACACAUCCAGAGCCCACCUCUGCAACUUUCACUCAGUUCAUCAACAGGCGACUGUUUUAAAAUGCUUUCUUUGCUCUAAUAUUGUGACUAAGAACCAGGCAAAACCUGCCUUGUUGUGCCAACAUUGUGGGUUUGGAAAUAAUGGGAAACGGUGUGCUGCUCUUGAUAUGCAUUUGUCAUAAUAUAUAUAUAACGGCAACACUGUUUAGGCUUAAUAUAUUAUUAUUCUCUUAUUGCACACACUUUUGUCGGUAUAUGCAACUUGAAAUUCAUAUUUAAGUCUAUAUUAUUAGAUGAUUGUAGAAAAAUAAAAGUUAUACAUACACAUUUUGAAUGAUUGAAUGUGCAACAUCUUAAUCAUACAAUUUAAUGAACAGAACUUGUUUUGUUUUUUUAACUUAUUUCUGUUAACUCUCUUUUAUACUGAAAAACAUUGUCAAAAGAUAUUCAUGUUUGCUACAAAUAUCAUUUAUAAUUUUAUAUUUAUAUAUUAUUUUAUACCUUUAUAGAUCUACUUGCAAUUUACUAUAUAAUGUACACGUUUUAUUUGUUACUUUAGUGCUGUCUUUUAUACUAAAACUCUAGCAAUAAAUGUUUACGAUUCUU